UCACGUCUCAGCACAUCCUGGUAACUGAUUCAGGCUAGCGACCGCUUUUGAAGGAACAUGACGACCCCAUCCGGAGAGUCCACUCCCUCGGCCGUAUACAACGAAGCCUGGCUCCCCGGCCCAUCUUCCACGCAGUUCUACACCCGGACUUAUCCCUCCUCUGACUCCCGCGCUGUCCUCGUCUUCGUGCACGGCUUCGCGGAGCACGUCGGCAGGUACGAGUGGGCGCACGCUGAGUACGCGAAGCGCGGGAUCACGGUCUUCACGUACGAUCAGCGUGGGUUCGGGCGCACUGCACUCGACAAAGAGAAGAAGAGCAAGGAGAGCGCGUAUGGGAAGACGAGUAGGGUGGAGCAGCUGAGGGAUAUCGAGUGGUGGGUGAAGCAUGUUAGGAGGGAGUUCCAGGGGCUGCCGGUGUUCUUGAUGGGGCAUUCGAUGGGCGGUGGGCUCGUGCUUGCGUUCGGGACGCGGACGACCGCGCCCCCAGAAAGGGAGACGCUUUCGCUGCUCACUGGAGUGAUCGCGUCGAGUCCGCUUGUCCACCAGACCUACCCCGCGUCGAAGAUACUCAGGUAUAUUGGAGGCAAGGCGAGCACUUUGUUCCCGCACUUGCUCAUCGACGCGCCUGUCCCCGUCGAGGAUCUAUCCCAUGACCCGCUUGCGAACUUGGCGAGCGUCAAUGACCCCUGGAUUAUUCAGAAGGGGUCCCUGAAGGGAUUGCAUGACAUGCUGAGCGGCGGCGAACAGCUUCUAGCAGGCGACUACAAGCAUUGGUCGCGGAAUCUUCCACUGCUCGUUGUCCAUGGCGAUGUCGACAGGGUCACCUCAUUCAAGGCAUCAAAGGAGUUCUUCGAUAAGGUUGACGCCGAGGAUAAGACGUUUACCCCGUUCGAGGGCGGGUUCCACGAGCUGGUGCAUGAGCCGGACGGGGUGAAGGAGAAGUUCGUGGAGUGCUGCAUUUCGUGGGUGUUGAAACACGUAGAGACCGGGAGUGGGCCGGCGUCGAAGUUGUGAUGGCUGUUGAUGGAUUGUAUUUCCGGGCGUUGUGAUCAUGUCCGUGGGCGAAUUGGAUACGCUAUGC